CGGCUGGGCACCGCCAUUUUGGCCGGUGGCCGUAGGAACACGCUGUGUGGCUGAGAAGUGAAAGCAAGAACUGAUUUGGCCUCUGCGUUCCCCUCCGCGAGGGGAAUCCGUUUCUCCAGGUGAAGAGUUGCGCUUAACCAGGAUUAUAGAUAAGGGUGUAAGUGAUUCACAAUGAAAUUUCAGAGGAACUGGAUAUUCUUACUUCCUUAGAAUAAUGGCGGAUAAAUUAACAAGAAUUGCUAUUGUCAACCAUGACAAAUGUAAACCUAAGAAAUGUCGGCAAGAGUGCAAAAAGAGUUGCCCUGUCGUUCGAAUGGGAAAAUUAUGCAUAGAGGUUACCGCCCAGAGCAAAAUAGCGUGGAUUUCUGAAACUCUUUGUAUUGGUUGUGGUAUUUGUAUUAAAAAAUGCCCCUUUGGCGCCUUAUCAAUUGUCAAUUUACCAAGCAACUUGGAAAAAGAAACAACACAUCGAUAUUGUGCCAAUGCCUUCAAACUUCACAGGUUGCCUAUUCCUCGUCCGGGUGAAGUUUUGGGAUUAGUUGGAACUAAUGGUAUUGGAAAGUCAACUGCUUUAAAAAUUUUAGCAGGAAAGCAAAAGCCAAACCUUGGAAAGUAUGAUGAUCCACCUGAUUGGCAAGAAAUUUUGACUUACUUCCGUGGAUCUGAAUUGCAGAAUUACUUUACCAAGAUUCUUGAAGAUGACCUGAAAGCCAUUAUCAAACCUCAAUAUGUAGACCAGAUUCCGAAGGCUGCAAAGGGGACAGUGGGGUCUAUUUUGGACCGAAAAGAUGAAACAAAGACACAAGCAGUUGUGUGUCAGCAGCUUGAUUUAACCCAUCUAAAAGAACGCAAUGUUGAAGAUCUUUCAGGAGGAGAGUUGCAGAGAUUUGCCUGUGCUGUCGUUUGCAUACAGAAAGCUGAUAUUUUCAUGUUUGAUGAACCUUCCAGUUACCUAGAUGUCAAGCAGCGUUUAAAGGCUGCUAUUACUAUACGAUCUCUGAUAAAUCCAGAUAGAUAUAUCAUUGUGGUGGAGCAUGAUCUAAGUGUAUUAGACUAUCUCUCUGACUUCAUCUGCUGUUUAUAUGGCGUACCAAGCGCUUACGGUGUUGUCACUAUGCCUUUUAGUGUAAGAGAAGGCAUAAACAUUUUUUUGGAUGGCUACGUUCCAACAGAAAACUUGAGAUUCAGAGAUGCAUCACUUGUUUUUAAAGUGGCUGAGACAGCAAAUGAAGAAGAAGUUAAAAAGAUGUGUAUGUACAAAUAUCCUGGAAUGAAGAAAAAGAUGGGAGAGUUUGAGCUAGCAAUUGUAGCUGGAGAGUUUACAGAUUCUGAAAUCAUGGUGAUGUUGGGGGAAAAUGGUACUGGUAAAACGACAUUUAUCAGAAUGCUUGCUGGAAGACUUAAACCUGAUGAAGGAGGGGAAGUACCAGUUCUAAACGUCAGUUAUAAGCCACAGAAAAUCAGUCCCAAAUCAACUGGAAGUGUUCGCCAGCUACUACAUGAAAAGAUCAGAGAUGCUUACACACAUCCACAAUUUGUGACCGAUGUUAUGAAGCCUCUGCAAAUUGAAAACAUCAUCGAUCAAGAGGUGCAGACAUUAUCUGGUGGUGAACUGCAGCGAGUAGCUUUAGCUCUUUGUUUGGGCAAACCUGCUGAUGUCUAUUUAAUUGAUGAACCAUCUGCAUAUUUGGAUUCCGAGCAAAGAUUGAUGGCUGCUCGAGUUGUCAAACGUUUCAUACUCCAUGCUAAGAAGACAGCCUUUGUUGUGGAACAUGACUUCAUCAUGGCCACCUAUCUAGCAGAUCGAGUCAUUGUUUUUGAUGGUGUUCCAUCUAAGAACACAGUUGCAAACAGCCCUCAGACCCUUUUGGCUGGCAUGAAUAAAUUUUUGUCUCAGCUUGAAAUCACAUUCAGAAGAGAUCCAAACAACUAUAGGCCAAGAAUAAACAAACUCAACUCAAUUAAGUUGAACUUGGUGUACCCCCAAAAAAAGAAAAAAGAAAAAGAAAAAAGGGGGAAAAAAAUAAAAUUCAUGUUUUUCACAUUUUAGUAUCUGAAGGCAUACUUCUGUCUGGUAGGCAGCAGUUAUGAUAUAGCUGGCAUUGCUGCAUUGUCUCUGAGUUGCGCUCACUGUUGUGCUACUUGUGUUGAGUUUAAUUGCCACUUUAAAUGUCUUCAGAAAGAUUACACUUGAAACAGAAGUUUUUACAAAUACUUUAACCAAUUUUUCUUACACAUUUUCUUUUUGUGCAUGCACAUGAUUAAAAUGUAUAUUUUAAGAGUAAACUUCUUCAAUGAGCAUUAUUCUAAACAAUGAAAAAACAUUUUUGUCAGUUAAAUCGGCAGGUUUUUUUUGUGGUAUAUAAAAUUGUGCACCCUACACUUGCUGUAGUCUGUGAAAUGUGGUUUUUAGAAGGCAGUCAUUUCUUCAUUGCUCAAAAAGAAAAAAAUGAAUGCUAAAAAAGCAUUUCUGUGUUUCUGGUAUCCCUACAGUGCCCCCUUAAAAUGCAGCUUACAUUUCAUGGCCCUCUAGCCAUCAUCCUUUCAUGUUUAUACUCCUCUAGCUUUGCUACUAAAAACGUGAGCUCUUGGAAUGCAGAGACAUGGUACGCAUCAUGUAUUCUUAAGCACCUAACAGUAUCUGGAUGCCUUAACCUUCACUAUAUAUUUUGUUUAUAAAUGUUUACUCUCCGGCCUGGAUAAUGAAAUGACAAGUUUUAAAUUAAAAUUGAAGAGUUUUCUCAGUUUUGAAAAGCAUAUUAAGCAGAAGAGAGGAACUAAAUUUUAGAACACUUAUUAUGCACAGCUUAAUUUUCAUAAGAAUUUCUUCUGAAGCAUUACAGCACUUUGUAUUGUAGUUUUCUUGGGUUAGAGACUUAUUAGUUCAGUCCCCAGGUACACUUAUUCAUCAUUUCCUCUAUAUCCACUCAUCCUAGACAGUCAUACUUCAGUCCUAAUUAGAUGGAUCAUUAAUGGCCAGUCUGUAUAAACAGUACUGGGAAAAAUCAUUUUUAUAUACAUUUUGUGUAUUAGGCAGUUCUCAAGCUAGCAGUGUUACCUUUUUACCAGGAGCUUAAAGUUAAAAUGAUGAAAAUGGAAUUUAAUAGUUUUUCUGGAAACAGUAUUUUAUAUAGCAAAAUUUUAUCUGUGUAAGGUAUUUUAUGUGAAGGAAUUUUGUGUGAGGUGUGCACCAGGAAGGUCUCCAGGUAGUAGGGAUAGGGAGCAGAGGUAGUCAUCUUACCUUUAAGUAGUGGAACCAGGAAUAUCCAGAAGCAGCCGGUGAGUGCAGAGGAGGUUGUAUAGACACUGUUGUAAACACUGCUAAGUACUACUGCGGGUGAAAGUCUACCCUUACAUGUAGGAAAAUGGUGUUGAUUUUGUUGCUUCUCUAUUUUAUUUUUUAGGAUGUAGAACAAAAGAAGAGCGGAAACUACUUUUUCUUGGAUGAUUAGAGUGAAUCUGAGAAUAUUGAUAAGCCAUUUAUUAAAAGAAAUAUUUAUUGGGAAUUUUGUCAUAUAAAACUUAAAUCAGGUUUGAUGCCCCACAUGCUCUGGAGCUUGAAGUAUAAUUUACUCACUGUAACAUCAAAAGCCAGUUGUGUUGUAAAUUGUAGUCUGAAUACAGAGAAUGCCAGUUUUCUGUUCUUGAUGAUAAGGCCCUUUUUGUGCAUAACAUUCUAAAAUGAAGACAGUUCAAGCUAUACAAAUUACCUCCAAGUUUUCAUGAUGUAUGGGAAGAUUUUCAGUAGGUGUAUUAUAUAUUCAUGUACCAAAUGCUGAGCAGUGUUGCCCCCUUUUAAAAAUCUUGAAAGAGGUUUCUAUAAUAUGGUUUGCCAAGUAUGCCAUUAUAAUGAAACUGCUCUUAUUUUAAAAGCCGGUCGAUGACUCCACUGAUGAAAUUUGAUAAAUAAACAUCGGGAUUAUAUUUAUUUGUUUUCAGUCUUUGCAUUAAAUUGUCAGUGUGUUUAAGACUUUCAAAGGAAGAUUAUCUACUAUAGAACACCACUGCUGGGAAGAGACUAUUACCAACUUAAACAUUGUUUAAAAUGUUUUUGGUGCUUUUGCAUAUGUUUAGCAAAAAAUCAUUUCAGCACACACACCUCACCCCCAAAAAGAAUCCUGACUUUAUUCUUAAUUAGAUGUAGCAUUCCAUAAGAUUCUAUAUUCUGUAAUUAUUCUCAAGGUAAUGUCAUUCUAUAAACAUACCUUUAUGUAAUCACUGAUCAAGAUUUAGGAAAAAGCAUUUUAAAGAAUAUUUGUUACCCUUAAAAAUAUAGUACAGGCUCAAAAUCCUUAGAGUUGGUCCCUGAACAUCACGUAUUUUUAAACUUCCACAGAUUUCUGAUCGGCAGCCAAGGACUGUGAGCCAUUUACCUAAAGGCAACAUUAAAGCGAAGGGCUCCCCAGAUAGCAAUACAAAGUAUCCCUUGGUACCAAAUAUAUUCAUUUCUAGGUUUGGAUAUAGAGGAUAUUAUCUAAAUCUAUUUGACUUUUUUUGGAUAGUGUGUAGCAGGAGUUCUAAAAACGUAUCCAGAUUUCUUAAGCAAUGAGAUACCUGUAGUGUGAAACUGCUUUCAUUUAUACUUCUGCUUAAUGCGCUGAACUGGAACUAACACUACAAGUGAGAAAAAGAGUUUAGGAAAAUUAGCAAUGAUUGAACAAAGUUUCAGAGCUCCUUGAAACAACAGAAGCUUUAAUUAAAUGCAAACAGUGGAUAGAAAGUAUGAUUUAACUAAGCCCCAUUAGGCCUUUUAAAAAAUUAAUUUAUGUGAGUAAUCCAUAACGUUUGUUGUGAAAAUUUCAGAUAUUACAGAAAUAUAUGGAAUAAAGUUAUGAUUCCCUUCAUUCUGCCCUCCCAAAGCUACCAGUGUUUAUGUUUAAUAAUAUAUUAUCCUUUCAUGCUUUUUUUUCUGUGCAC